CACGCUGCGCCGCUGAAAACGUGCGAUUUUCGAUCCCGUCGAAUCGGCAGCCGUCUCUUCGUUUCGAAGAUAUCUUCGCGAUUACCCCAUACAUGUCGCGGACUCCAAUACAAGAGCUGUCAAGGCUCUGAUCUACAUAAACUUCUACAGGGCAAUGGACUCUUCUUUUGAGAAACAUGGCUUCGACGAGUCGGCAUUUGGGGACAAAGGCUUGUCGGGGCUGAGGACAUUCGACGCAUUUCCAAAAACAAAACCGAACUACACCUCCGCAACAGCCCGCGGCGGCCAAUGGACUCUCGCCCUUAUAAUCCUAUGCCUGUGUCUGACGGCCUCCGAGCUUCGCACGUGGUGGGCCGGGACAGAAACGCACCAUUUCAGCGUUGAACGCGGUGUGGGCCAUGAACUCCAACUGAACCUGGAUAUCGUCGUGGCCAUGCCGUGUCGCGACUUACACGUCAAUGUCCAGGAUGCGGCGAUGGACCGGAUCAUGGCCGGCGACCUGCUGAAGAAGGAGGACACGAAUUUUGAGCUCUGGCUGGACCCGCGCAAGUUGUUUCGGCUGAGGAAGAUGCAGCAGGGUAUAUACCACGGCCUGCACGAGGGGGACAGGAAGAGGAAGAAGGCGGAGGAGGAAGAUUCCCACGUCGGCCACGUCUUGGGACACAUGCGCGAGAACAAGGGCCGCAAGUUUGCCCGGUCGCCCAAGCUCCAGAAACACAUGCCGGUGGACAGCUGUCGCAUCUACGGAUCCCUCGAGGGCAACAAAGUGCAAGGCGACUUCCACAUCACCGCGCGAGGGCACGGAUACAUGGAAUUCGGCAUGCAGUCCCACCUCGACCACAACCUGUUCAAUUUCUCGCACCACAUCAACGAACUCAGCUUCGGCCCCCACUACCCGAACCUGCUGAACCCGCUGGACAAGACAAGCGACACCACCGAGGCACACUUCAUGCGCUACCAAUACUACCUGUCGAUUGUGCCCACGAUCUUCACGAAGCGUCGAGUCGCCACCAAGAGCGGCAGCUUGGACCCCGCCGCACUCCCACAGCCUCCGACGCUGGACAUGACGCCGAACACGCAGCGCGACAAGGACGGGGUCAUCCGCCACGUCCCGCACCCGGAGCAGGGCCGGGACACCAAGUCGAUCUUCACGAACCAGUACGCCGCGCAGUCCCAGUCCCGCGAGGUCUCGACGUCGACCGUCCCGGGCAUCUUCUUCAAGUACGACAUCGAACCCAUCCUGCUGAUCGUCAGCGAGAGCCGGGCGAGCCUGCUCGGCCUGCUGGUCCGGCUGGUCAACGUCAUCAGCGGCGUGCUCGUCGGCGGCGGCUGGAUGUUCCUGCUGUCCGAGUGGGCCAGCGAGGUCUGGGGCCGCAGGAAGCUGCGGCGGAGCGAGACCGGCCUCGGCGUCCUCGACGGCUUCAAACCCAACGGCGACGCAAAUGGGGAUCUGAAGCAUUGAGACUGCCCUCCCUCCGGAACCUAUCGUGGGAAAAAAUAGUUGCCGAGCUCGGCUCCUGUUGGCAUCUUGGGCACGAGCGCAAGUUUUUUUUGAGAGGGCGGUUUUGGGAAAGGCUAGGGGCCAGAGCGAACGGAAGCCACAGCGAGGAUUGGGGUCGAGUGCACGAGCGAUAUCAAUCCAUGAGGGAAUGCGAAUCCGAAAACACGAGCCCCCGUCCCGUCCCGGCUAUCGCACAUCUUGUCUCUUUUAUAGAACCCCCCCGGGGGCCUUUCUUCCGAUCAAGGCGACUGAAAGAAUCUACGAGGUCUACCUCGUACGUGAGCAGAGACCAACGCAAGUGGCGCCCACCGGCGGCAAGGCGAACAUUGAUGGCGAUACGGCGGGCUGUGCGCCGUUGGAUAUUCCUAGGACAUUUACAGGUGUUUUGAAAUCCCCAGGGGACGGAUCUCCGCAUACUAGCCUAGGGUGGGUGGAUGGAAUUGCAGACGGUACGGAACAGGAGCUUUUCUGGUGUUGUCCCCCUGAGCAAUGCAUAUCUAUUGAUUGACUGUCUGUCACACAUUUUGGCUGCUCCCUCAACCUUGUUCCCGAGAAAGUCAUUCCUACAAUCCAGAGCACUUCAUGCCUCUCUGGUCAUUCAUUUCCAUCGUCAGGUUGUUGGUACAUUGUUUCCCAUUCGUAAUCGCAUAUACUCCCAAUAUAAAAACGGCAGGCGUGAUUUCCUGCCAACGAACCAAGAA